AUGCUUAUCAAGCUCUUCGUUCUCACUGUUUUAUGCAUCAACUAUGUCGUAGUGAUCGACAUAGCUUCAAUUCUGAAGGAAAAAGCGAAAAAAGCAAAGUCUUGGCUAGCGGAUGCGAAUAAAUUCCAAUAUGACAUUGAAUGUAAUUGGUUGAGAGCGGAGGAGAGGGCAAUUCGUGUAGCUGAAAGGAGAUGUCCACCUCUUCCACCCACAACAACCCCUCUUCCUACGACAACGAAAAAGAGUUUUCUUCCGCCGUGGUUGCUGCAGCGACUAAAACGUCGGAAAAAGAAGGCGAUUUUCAGUAUACGGACUAAACGAGCUCUUAUGAGUGCUUUUUCUCUUGGUGGAAUGAAAAGCGUUGAAAUUGAUCUCGAGGACAAGCAUGAUUCUCACGAACUGAUAUCAGGAGUGAGCCUCUCUUUGACGUGUAACGAAGAAAUGCGAAAGAGUUGGGGGAAUUAUGUGGACACUACAGUUACUUGGUAUGUCAAUAAUCAACUCAUUCAAAAUCGAAAACUGGACUGGAGAGUUACGAUAUCAACUGAAGGGAUAUUAAAUAUUUGGCCUCUUUUGGAAGAAGACGUUGGGAACUAUGAAUGCGCCGUGGAUGGGAAUAUUUUGGGUUCUGGACUUAUUCAUAUUGUUUCAAAAUCGGAAGCUGUCAUUAAUGGACUGUACAAUUAUGUCUACGUUGCGGCUUUUUACAUACCUGCAGCAAUUUAUGCAAUUGUUCUUAUAAGCAAGGAUAUAACAAAGCCGCCCAUAAAAUCGAAGCGAGAGGACAAGAUGACUGCUUUUCUGGAGGAAUAUGUCCUCAAGAAUGGAGCAGACGUAAAGGAAAACAUCGCAAAAAUAGUGUACGGUGACCAAUUCGAAGAAAGAAAAGCCCAAAUAACGCAAACUUUAGCCGCUGGUGUUGGACCGGAUGGUCAGAAACUUCGUGGAAAUCGUGAAACGAUCAUGACAAUCCUCGCUGCCCCCAGAUCGCGAGGAAAGGCUGGUGCAGCCGGGAAGAGGCAACAAAAUGAAAAGCAACGACGAAGUGCUGAAAUCGCUUCAGCCUAUCGAUCAGUUAUGCCAAAAGUAGAUCCUUCUCGACUUGAAAAUCCUUUUCCUCGAGAAAUGCAGCGGCCCGACUAG